GUUCUCUCGCACAACCGGACUACUCGGCACGAUCAUGGCCACCUCAGGGAGAGCGGACGAGCCUGACCGGACCCUUUUCGUGGGGAACUUGGAGAGUCGCGUGCAAGAGGAGAUUCUCUUCGAGCUUUUCCUGCAGGCUGGACCGGUAACCAAAGUGACCAUAUGCAAGGACAAAGAUGGAAAACCCAAGACUUUUGGAUUUGUCUGCUUUAAGCACACAGAGUCAGUGCCUUAUGCCAUAGCUUUGCUGAAUGGGAUUCGUUUAUAUGGAAGACCAAUUAAAGUGCAAUAUCGGUUUGGGAGUUCUCACUGUCUAGAGUUAAGCAAUCCUUGUCAGAAUGUGGAAAACGAUGAACAGUCUCCAACAUACAGGAAUGUAGAGCCUUAUAGUGGAACUCCAUUACCUGUUAGUCCUUUUCAGGUGAAUAAUAAUCCACAUCAGAGUUAUUCUACCUUUCAAAACAUGAUGGCAUAUUUCUUAGCACAGCAAUAUACUCCUUACAGUCCAAUGGGACAGCAGUUCCCUUAUUAUCAGAUGAUGACACCACCACCACCAUUUCCAAGUUUUCCUGUAUCGUCUUACCUGAAUCCAGGACAAGCCUCUUUUGAAUGUGUCUACCCUGAACCAAAGAACCACCAACAGUAUCUAGUUAAGGAAGGUACACCUAAAAGGAAGAGACCUCAAGAAACAAGUGACAGUGACAGUAGCAUGGAAAGCGAGAGGAAAAAAACAAAGAGAAAAUGAACAGUGGUCUUGACUACAUAGUUUUAAGAGGCAAAGCGUCUCCGGAUUUCACUGUAUUGAUUUGCAAAAAAAAAAACACAUGGUUAUUACAGUAACCUUAACCUGAAGAAAAUCUAUAAUGGUUUGAGGCAAAGUUUUAUAAAAACUGAUUCGCAGUUUAAAAGCAAGAAGUAGCUUUUUGGAGUUUUAUUUUAUGCUUCACUAAUAGCAAUUAAAAAUAUACAUACCUAAUAAACAAUACACGAAGCAGUAGAGUCUCAUCUAGUAACUUUAUCCACAGUAAGCAAGGGGCGACUAGAACUUGACUGGCAGUUACCCAGCACCAUUUUUAAGGGUGCAAUUCUAUGCCUGUUUUUUGUUGUUUAUUCAUUCAAAGUCCUACAAUUCC